ACAAGCGCAUCGACAUACGGUGCACCGAGAAUUAAGAAACUGAGGAUGCACAGAGCCCAUGCUGGUUCAAACACAACAAUUGCGACAAGCCAAAAUAGUUUCACUUUCAGAGCCACAAUGGAGCCAGUUUCAGCGCUCCUCGUCGCGCGGAAGGGAGGGCGUGCGGCUCACCGAUUGGGGUAAAGUCAUUUUGAACGAUUUAUAUCGCAACCUACGUGCUUCACGAGAGUCCAUUCUGUUCCAAUCGCCAGCAGAAAGGCGUGGCUGCCCAAAAUCUUCGACGAAUAGUGAAAAAAUGGGAGGGCACGAGUGAGCUGCGUGAUGUCCUCUCCGAAGGUAGGCUGCAGCGUGUGUUUAUUGAUGAGAUGAAAGAAGAUGGAAGUGAGAAAUGAAACAAAGUAAGGAACAAUAUUAAUAAACUCAGUCCUUGCCUGGGGAAAACCGGGGAAGCUGUGAAGCGCUGUAGCCACUGGAGAAGAAAGAGCCUUAAAGCAGCAGGGCGACUUUGAAGAUUCUGCAUGAGGUUAGAUUGUGGCCAGACCGAAAUGAAAUGAGUGGCUAACGACUGACCUCUUCCACUGCACCACCACCACCAGCAACCUGUAGCAUCUAUCCAGUGCCUCUUCACCAGCCUGAUACACAAACACACCCACAUACACAGAACACCAUCAGACUGUGACAUCAGGUGCAAGGGGAUGACCGAACGCAUUCACCACAUUAAUCUCCACAACUUUAGCAAUUCUGUACUUGAGACCCUCAAUGAGCAGCGAAACCGCGGGCACUUCUGUGACGUGACGGUUCGGAUCCACGGUAGCAUGCUGCGAGCUCACCGCUGUGUGCUGGCUGCAGGCAGCCCCUUCUUUCAGGACAAGCUGCUCCUGGGCUACAGUGACAUCGAGAUCCCCUCUGUGGUUUCUGUGCAGUCCGUCCAGAAACUGAUUGACUUCAUGUACAGCGGCGUGCUGCGGGUCUCCCAGUCCGAGGCGCUACAGAUCCUCACAGCUGCCAGCAUACUACAGAUCAAGACCGUUAUCGACGAGUGCACCCGCAUUGUUUCGCAGAAUGUUGGCUUCGCUGGAUCUGGCAGCUUUUCCGUCGUCCCAGGCGACUCGGGGCAGGAGACGCCUCGGGGAACUCCUGAGUCUGGCACCUCCGGUCCUAGUAGUGAUGCCGAAUCAGGCUACAUGCAAACAUCUCACCAGAGCCUUGACCGUGUUUACUCCUCGCUGUAUUCCAGCUGCUCUGGGUUGGGCCUGCAAAACGGGACCCGUGGAAAUCGCUCCCACUAUGCCAGCGCCGUGGUGACAGCCGGCUACGACUCACCCCUUCCAUUACAGCAGAAGGAGGGAGGGCAGGACCCUGCCUGGAUCACACGCAUCCACGAGCGCUCGCAACAGAUGGAGCGCUUCCUAGUCACGACAGAGACUACACACUGCCGUAAACAGCCUCGUCCCGUGAGGCUCCACACGGGUGAUAUUCACAUCAAGCAGGAGCAAGGGGACGAGUACACCUGCUACGGGCUGGAGGACUGCCGUGACGACAGCGAACAGCUGGAGUGCGAGCCCAAAGGCGAGAGCUUCGACUCCGGCGUCAGCUCUUCCAUCGGCACGGAAACGGAUUCUGCCGAGCAGCCUUUCUUGUCUGGGUUCGCGCGAGACAACUGUCCAAACAAAGGCCAGCAAGGUGAGCGGGGAACCCCUGUGCAGAUCGAGGUCAACGAUUCAUCCCCCGAGCAGACCCAAGAGUCGGUUGAAGACGGGAAUAGAAAUGGUCCUUCUCAAGAGUGUGGCGAGCUUGGAAUCUAUCAGCCGCCACAAGCACCCCAGUCGAUGCCUGCUGGGCAAUACCUGCGGCCAGGUGAGCCACUUACCAGCAACCUGCGUAUGCCCCUCACCCUAACCAGCAACACCCAGGUAAUGGGAACCGCAGGCAACACGUACUUGCCUACACUCUUUGCAACCCAGUCAGCCAGCGACAACAAGCCUUUCCUCUUCAGCCUGCCCCAGUCCAUUGGAAGUCAGCAGCCCCAAUUUGUGGCAGUGCCCUCUCCGUUCCCCAGCGGACUGACCGUGCCACCGGCUGGAAAUCAACAGCAAGGUAAUGCUGCCGUGGGACAGCAUGGGGAGAAGAAGCCCUACGCAUGCACUCUUUGUUCAAAGACCUUCACUGCCAAACAAAACUUCGUGAAACACAUGUUUGUGCACACAGGUGAAAAGCCACACCAGUGCAGUAUCUGCUGGCGUUCGUUCUCGCUGAAGGAUUAUCUCAUCAAACACAUGGUUACACACACAGGCAUCCGAGCGUACCAGUGCAGCAUCUGCAACAAACGCUUCACCCAGAAGAGCUCGCUCAACGUCCACAUGCGCCUGCACCGUGGAGAGAAGUCCUACGAGUGCUACGUCUGCAAGAAGAAGUUCUCCCACAAGACCCUGCUGGAGCGCCACAUGGCCCUGCACAACACCGGGGUCUCCGGGGUCAGUGCUGCAGGGAGCACCGGAGGCCCCGUGUCCAUCCCGGUUCCGAUGGCUGUUCCCGAGCCGGGAGCAGGAGUGGUGGCUCUUGCCAUGCUGGCGGGAGCAGGCGGAGCCGGGGGCGGAGUCGGGGUUGGGGGCGGAGCUGGGGGCGGAGUCGGAAGCACCGGAGUGAGCGUCGCUGCGGAAGCAAGCUGCCAGGAGGGGACCACCUACAUGUGCUCCGUGUGCCCUGUCAAGUUUGACCAAAUCGAGCACUUCAAUGACCACAUGCGCAAGCAUGUCUCCGACGGAUAAGUACAAAUUAAAAAAACAUGAAAGAGAAUUAAAUGAUACAGAAAACGGCACUAGAUUUUUUUUUUUCUUAUAUUGGGGCAUGACACUGGCACAUUAAGUUUUCUAGAAAAAAAAAGAAGCGUUUAAUUUCUUUUCUUUCUUUUUUUCUUUUGUCCUUGCUAUUCUUAAAGAAUAAAAAAGAUGGUGGCCUUAAGGCUGUGUAGUUGGAUGAUGAUCCACUGGCUGGAUCCAUACUACUGGCCUCUAAAUGUAUGCUUUCCUUAAAUACUGAUUUAUGUGUUGAACACUACCGAAAGGCCUGCGAAAGAACACACAAGAAAAGAAAAAAUUAACAUGCGCGCACACAUACACACGAACACAAAUACACACGCAUGCACUCACACGCACAAACUACUUGUACACACUUAUAUAUGGUGGAGGUAUUUUGUACGUAUGUGUAUUUGUGCAUGUGAGCGUGCGCGUGUGCACAAAAAUUAAUAUUGCAGUGAAUUUUUUUUAUACUUGUAGAUCUUUUCCCAUGUAGACCGUAUUGGACAUUAUAAGCGUCCAAGCUUACUGUGGUAUAGAUUAAAAAAAAA